AUUAAAAUAAGUAACCUCUAAUAAUUGUUAUAAUAUUUACAAGCAAAUCAACGUCUAUCUAAUAGUUAUUUGGUCUAGUUACGAUAUAGUUACAUCGUACAUUGAGCACGGGUAUAUUUUAAUUUUACAAAGACUAUGUUCAUUAUUCUGGUUUUUAUGAGAAGGAAUCAAUUAAAUAAAAUGUCAAGUCAAUACGACGGGAUUAUAUAUUAAUGUGCAUAUUUUAGAACGAAGUUCAAAACCUUCAAUAAAAUAUAUAAAGGGAGUUAAAUGAAAUCUUGAACAAUGAUUAUUCCGUUGAAAAUACUACAAACAGUAGUUUUGGUAAUGUUUUUAUUGGUCAAUCAACCAUUGUGCCAAAAUUUUUCGAUGAAAAUGAUACAAAAAAGUAUAGGUGAAGUUUGCCGCAAAGGUGAUGGGAUAUCUUCUGACUACAUAUGUAUGGAUAUUAAGGACUGUCAAGUUGCAAAAGAAGGACUUAUGAAAAACAUUUUUCCUCAACAUUGCUUAUUCGACAGAACAAAUCCAAAUCCAAUUGUUUGUUGUCCGCAAGAUCCUACAAAAAACAAAACAAACAAUAUUAUUAACUCAUAUUCUUCCACUGAAAUGUGUGAAGAAUAUUCAAAAUUAAUUUAUCGUAAUAUUAUGAACCCAAUACCAUCAGAUGAUCAGGAUUUAUACAUACAAUUUGCAGAUUGUGUUGAUGCCCAUAUCUUAAUUACUAAUGGUACACAAUCUGAACCAAAGGAGUUUCCUCACAUGGCUUUACUAGGUUAUGAUGAAAAACCAGACAUGUAUUCAUGGUUAUGUGGAGGUUCACUGAUAAGUAAGAGAUUUGUACUAACAGCAGCCCACUGUGAAAAAUCAGGCACUAAAGAUACACAGAGAUUUGCAAUAUGGGCUCGCUUAGGUGAACUAGACUAUCUUUCGAUCAACGAAGAUGCCAGACCUACAGACUAUAGAAUAGUAGAACGAAUAAUACAUCCGAAAUACAAAGCAUAUUCCCAUUACAAUGAUAUAGCAUUGUUUCGUUUAGAAAGAGAUGUAGAUUUCUCAUCAUAUGUACGACCUAUUUGUCUCAAUAGAAAUCAUUCUUUGACACCACCAGCAGUAAUAGCUACGGGAUGGGGUAACACUGAUACAGCUUCACUUGGCAGCUCACAUUUAUUAAAAGUACAAAUACAAACUGUUUCGGCCGAAGAGUGCAAUAAAAAUUUUUUGUAUCUGCCAAAUAAAGAACAAAAAUUAGCAAAAGGAAUCCUUAAAGACUUAAUGGUGUGUGCUGGCAAUCCAGAAGGCGGAAAUGACACUUGUCAAGGCGAUUCAGGUGGUCCUAUUCAAAUAAAACAUAAUAGUUACAAGUGCAUGUAUUCACAAAUAGGGAUUACAUCAUUUGCAGGGCCAUUUUGUGGACAAGCCAAUUCGCCUGCUGUUUAUACACGAGUAUCAAAAUAUAUUUCAUGGAUUGAACAAAUUGUCUGGCCAAAAGUUUAAAAACUUAUUAUUAAUUAAAUUGUUUAAACGCUAUUUAUAGUCAUAUUUCUAAAUUGUUUAGAGUACCAGUAAAUUAUGUUCAUGUUUUUUAUGGUUAUACUCUUAUAUUGUCUUUGCUUAUAUCAUAAUAGAUGUUCAAUUAAUAGCACAGAUACAUAGAAACCUUAUAUUAUUAUAAUCAUAAUAUACAUAAAAUAAGAUUAUUGCUCUUUAAUAACCUUUAAAAUUCAAUUGAUACGUUGUACUUAUAAUUAUAAUAUCACAGACAUACUGACGUGAUUAACAAUUACCUCAAACGAUAUAUGUGAUAUUAGAUUUUCUGAUACGUCAGCAUUUUGGAUGCUGUACAGGAAUUCCAUUCAUUUAAUUAUUUUUUACUUUAACCACAUUCUUGAUUACGAUAUUCGAUAAGGUAUAUUUUUUUUUAUUUAUAUUUUUACACUGUAGUAAUUAACAGUGUCACUUGAUGUGUAUUUACAAAUUAUUCGGUAAAAAUAUUACCAUCUAUCUCAUUA